AUGCUAAACGGCGUUAUCUCCGUUUGCUUUUUCCUGGACAAUUUUACCUUCGCUUCCCUCUUUUGCCCUAGCAGCUCUUUACAUAUAAAACAAAGUUACCGGCUACACCGGUUACCCGUCAUCCGGAUCAUUGAAAAUAAAGACGUCAAAAUGACCACCGCUACCCUUUGGUCUCUUCUCUCCUUUUUCUGCAUCUCACACACACAAACGAGAAGAUCUUACGGCUUUCCAAGAAAACCAGGAAUGGUUGACGGUGAUCUGUUUACAGGGAUGAAGCGGUCUAGAGAUGACGAUGAUGCUUACAGCAGCCCUCAGUUCAAGCGGCCAUUGAUUUCUGAACAAUCCAAGCACAAAGGCAGCACUCAUAAAUUGACGACUAAUGAUGCCCUAACAUAUCUAGAGAAAGUUAAAGAUAUAUUCCAAAAUGAAAAGGAAAAAUAUGAAGAGUUUCUUAAAGUCAUGAAAGAUUUCAAGACCCAAAGAAUUGACACCACAGGUGUCAUAGCACGGGUGAAGGAAUUGUUCAAAGGGCACCAGGACCUACUUUUGGGUUUCAAUCCCUUUCUUCCAAAGGGAUUUCAGAUCACCCUCCCACUAGAUGAUGAACAACACCAUGUUAAGAAGCCUUUGGAGAUUGAAGAAGCCAUUCUAUUUGUAAACAAAAUUAAGAUGAGAUUUCAAGGUCAAGACCAUGUGUACAAAUAUUUUCUUGAUACUUUGAAUAAGUAUAAAAAAGAAAACAAAUCCAUCAAGGAAGUUCACCAAGAGGUUGCUGCUCUUCUUAAUGAUCAACAAGACCUUCUAAAGGAGUUCACCAAUUUCUUACCUGUUUCUUCUCAUACUGAAUGCAAAGUCAACGUUGACCAGCCUGAUCCAGAUCAUGAAAAAGCAUGUACUAUUUCUGUUAAAGAGAAUAGGGCACAUGGUGAAAAACAAAAAGACACAUCAGAAGACACAGAACAAAGAGAACACGAUCAAGAUGAUAAAGAUUGUGAUGUGACACAUCAUUUUACCCAAAAUAAACCCCCACGUACUCUUGAAGACUCUGUAGCUGAACUCUUUCAUCAAGAUGUACAUGGCCAAAUGCUUUGUCUUCGUGAGAAGGUGAAGGAAAGAUUGAGCAACUCAGAUGAUUACCAGUCAUUCUUGAAGUGCAUUGCAGAGUAUUGCACAGAGAGUAUUACUCGCCCACAACUGCAAUCAAGGGUAAAUAGUUUGCUUGGAGCAUAUCCGGAUCUUGUGGAAGAAGUCAAUGAGUUUAUAGAUCGCAGUGAAAAGACAAGAUCUUUAUGGAGUGAUGGACAUUUACCUGGAGUAAUAAAGGGUAAUGAUGGGGGUAAAGAUGGAAAUUCUGAUGGAGAUGAAAUGGAAAAGAAUAGUUCAGCCAUCAAGGAGAAGUAUCUAACAAAAUCAAUUCAAGAACUUGACCUUUCUGACUGUGAAUGCUGCACUCCAAGUUAUCGCCUUCUACCAAAAAACUACCCAAUUCCUUCAGCAAGCCAAAGAACAAAGAUCGGUUAUGAGGUGUUGAAUGAUCAUUGGGUGUCUGUUACUUCCGGAAGCGAAGAUUAUUCUUUCAAACACAUGCGUAAAAACCAAUAUGAAGAAAGCUUAUUUCGAUGUGAAGAUGACAGAUUUGAACUGGACAUGUUAUUAGAAUCAGUGAAUGUAACAGCAAAACGUGUGGAAGAACUAUUGGAUAGGAUUAAUGAUAAUUCGAUUAGGAAGACAGAGAAUGUGGUUCAUAUAGAAGACUUUACAGCUAUAAAUCUGAGAUGCAUUGGGCGUUUAUAUGGUGAUCAUGGACUUGAUGUGAUGGAUGUAUUAAGAAAGAAUGCAUCCCUUGCUUUACCAGUUAUAUUACAUCGUUUGAAACAGAAGCAAGAAGAAUGGCUGAGGUGUCGAUCUGAUACUAAAAAAGUUUGGGCUGAAAUUUAUGCUAAAAAUUAUCAUAAAUCACUUGAUCAUCGCAGCUUUUAUUUCAAACAACAAGAUUCAAAGAGCUUGAGUGCUAAAGCUUUAUUGGCUGAAAUUAAGGAAACAAGUGAAGAAAAGUCUGUAGAUGAUCACAUCCUUCAAUCCAUUGCUCCUGGAAAAAAACAAAACAAUAUUCCACAUCAAGAAUUUAAGUACUCUGAUUUAAUCAUCCAUGAAGAUUUAUAUCAACUCAUGAAAUAUUCUGUCACACAAAGUGCUUCCUCUGAACAAACGGAUAAAUCCGUGAAGAUCUGGACUACUUUUGUUGAACCUAUGCUUGGUGUUCCUCCGCGGUCAACAUCCACAGUUGACCAAGCAAAAACAACCAAUCGUGGAUCUUCCAUGAGAGCUAAUGAUAACAUUAACAACAAUGGUGUUAAAGAGAAUGGUGAAUUUUCGCCAAAUGGAGAUUUUAAAAGGGGAAAUAGCCGAAGGUCAUUAGAUGAUAAUAGUGAGAAUGCUUUUGAUUCAGGAAGUGAAUCCGCUGAUGCGGAGGAUCACUCCCCGUAUGUAGACCAUGGUAACAAUGGUGGGAGUGAUGGUGUGGUGGAUGCAUUGGGUGACGACACCUGUCCUUUUUCAGAACAUAUUUUGAAAAGAGUGAAACCGCUUAUGCUUCAUGUUCCUGAAACUUUGCAAAGUAAAGAAAAAAAGUCGAGGGUGUUUUACGGAAAUGAUGACUUUUAUGUUUUCUUCAGACUUCAUCAAAUAUUGUACUCAAGGCUAGAGGAGGCAAAGGAAAAGUCUCUAGUUGAAAAAUGGAGGGGUUCAAAUGAUACAACACCUAAUGAUUCAUAUGCUAGAUUCUUGGAUCUACUGUAUAGUUUUCUUGAUGGUGCUAUCGACAGUGCAAAAUAUGAAGAUGAAUGUCGGGCUGUUCUUGGCACGUGGUCGUUUCCUGUCUUCACAUUAGACAAACUGAUCGACAAGCUUACAAAAUUGCUGCUAGCUAUUGCAACGGAUGAGGUUAAUAACAAGCUUCUUGAUCUAUAUGCUUAUGAAAAUAUGAGAAAAGGGGAGAGAUUUGUGGAUGAACUUUAUAAUGCAAAUGCAAGUGUCAUUGUUAAUGACUCAAAGAUCUUCCGGUUUGAGUGUUCAUCUAUCCCUGAGACAUAUAGACAUACCCGAUUAACUAUACAAAUAAUAAACUUUGCAUAUGAAAAAUCUGAACCACCGGCUUCUUUGAUGGACCCAAAUUUUGUAGCAUAUUUAAACACUCAACUCCUUUCAGUUGAUCAUAGGAGAAAGAGGCACAGGAUCUUCUUGAAGAGGAACAAGAGAAAAAAUGGGUGUGGAGAUGAUGACUCAGCAAUGGCAAAGGCCAUGGAAGGUUUUCAUGUAGUCAAUGGGCUUGAGUUCAAGAUAGCUGCCUUUACAUAUAAGGUGUACUAUGUUAUGGGUACAUCAGAUUCUUUGGUGCGAAAGGGAAGGAAAAGGGUGAACAAUAACAAUCGUAUGGUGUCUCAUGAAGUUGGUAAUGGUAAUCUUUCAAUUUCAAAUGCUCAUUCUCUUAAAGCAUUGAAGUUCCUUAAGUUUUUGUUCUCAAGGAUUCAAUCCAUGGGAACAUGACAAGAUUAAAGAAUUCUAGUGUUUUGUAAUUGUAAUAGGAAGAGAAAGAAAUAAAAUUAAUAAUAAAAAUUUGUAAUUGUGACGAUACUGCAUAACAAGUAAAAGACAUUGAAUUUGUAAGCUGUACAAUCAUCAUGUAGGUUAAUU